AUGACGCGUGGUAAUCAACGUGAUCUUGCUCGUGAGAAGAACAUGAAGAAGCAGUUGGAAUUGAAGAAGAAAGCAGGAGCUAGUGCCAGAGAAGCGAAUGCAGGUCUCUCAACCGAGGCAAGAUUGAAUCAUGUAAAGGCCCGCUCUUUCUUUGGUUCUCGGAACUCGCCAAGCAAUUCUAUAUUUGAAGGCACUAUAUUGCCAUGUAUCUGUCUUAUAACUUCUUGA